UAAACCCUUGCCUGGUCGCAAAGCAGUUUAUCUACUCCUAAACCCUCGCACAAGUAACAGCGAAAAGCGCAGAGGACCAGGCGGCGAUGGAGUCGUCGGAGACGCCGGAGAGAGACCUCUACGCUAUUCUUAACAUCUCGAGGGAGGCUUCCGACGAAGAUAUUCGGAAGGCCUUUCGCCAAUGGGCUCAAGUUUACCAUCCUGACAAGUACCAGGAUCCCGAAUUGAAGAAUGUUGCGACCGAUAAUUUCCAGAGGAUUCGUGAUGCAUAUGAGAUAUUGUCAGAUGAGCACAAGAGAGAAAUUUAUGAUAUAUAUGGAAUGGAGGGGCUGAAUUCAGGGUAUGAGCUUAGUGAAAAGCUUAAUAAACCGGAGGAGAUCAAGGAGAUGUUGGAGAGAUUAAAGCGGCAGAAAGAAGUGGAGAAAACUUUAGCUCAUUCCAAGCCUAGUGGUGCACUUCUUGCUAAUCUGUCUUUGCCCCAAUAUCUCGAUGGUGGUAGCAUUAUUAGUGGAAUGGGGAUGUUUAGUGAGGUAAAAUCUCAGCUAUCCAAGCGUAAUUCAUUGGCCAUAGGAGGAAAUUUGUCAGUCGCAGGUGCAUCUGGAACAGGCUCUGCAUCAGCCAUGCUAAGGCACCAGAUUUCUUCUGUUGCUUCUGUAGAGUUCAUGGCUUCUGCUGGGCUACGGGCAUUACUUGGUGUUCAAACAUCACGUCAGCUUUCACAGCAUUCAAUGGCUACCCUUGGGAUUGCGGUGUCUCUCAGGGAUGGUUCAGUUAAUCUCUCUAAUGCAUGGACUCGUCAACUAUCAGAAACAACCAUUGGAAAUGUGCAACUUGUUUUAGGAGUAGAAUCUGGUAUCUCCAUCGGCUGGCAAAAGAAAGAUGACAAAACUUCGGCUUCUGGAGAACUAAAGUUUGGUACAGCUUCCCUUGGAGCAUCAGUUCAUUAUACUCACCAUUUCUCUGCGAAGUCUCAUGGUCGGCUUGCAGGUAGGAUUGGAAGCACUGCACUUGAAUUCGAAAUAGGUGGAGGAAGGAGAAUAUCAAAAUUUAGCACACUAAGAUUACUUUAUAUUGUUGGAAUUCAGGGAAUCUCCUGGAGAUUUGAGUUGCACCGUGGAGGCCAGAAGCUGAUAAUUCCAGUGCUGCUUUUCAACGAGUUCAAUGCUUUGUUUGCAACAAGUGCAUUUGUACUUCCAUCAUCCCUUUAUUUUAUUCUUAAGAAGUAUGUUCUCAAACCUUACUAUAAGAGGCGGGAACGACAAAGGAUGCUUGAUAAGAUGUACAAUAAAUCUAUUAAGUUGCAAGAAGCAAGGAAGGUGGCCGAGAAAGCACAAAAAUUACUAGAAAUUGUUUCUAAUAGAAAGAAGAAUAAACAAGUGGAGAAAGGAGGAUUAGUAAUUUCUAAAGCUUUAUAUGGAAAUCUCCAAGAAAUGGAUGGAAGGGGUGAGCUCAGAGAAGAGCAGAAUGAUGAAGUGGCUUCGCAAGUUUUAGAUGUAACAUUGCCGCUCAACUUUUUGGUCAGUGAUUCAGGACAGCUGAAGCUUCAUGGGGGCAUUAGAAAAUCUGGAAUAAUGGGCUUCUAUGAUCCCUGCCCUGAAUUCCCAAAGCAGCUACUGGUAGAAUAUACAUUUCAAGGCGAAAAUCGUCAGGUUGUCGUGGAGGACUGCGAUGAGUUGAUGAUCCCGAGGUAAAAAAAAAGCAUAGGAAGUAAACUACAAUGUAUUGAUUGGUGAUUAGUUAUGAGUUUGUUACCUCAACAAUUUUGUUUGGGAGCAAAUUUGCCUCCAAGGUGUAAGUCUAUUAGAUUUUAAGCUUCAAUGGGUCCUUUUUUUCUUCUUCUUUGUCCUGUUCUGUGAGGGAUGCCACGGUUUAAAAUAAAUUGCAACUAAAUUUUGUAAUAUUUUCAUUUUCUGCAGCUUUUAUGGCUGGCUUUUAUAUAAGUUGGAUU